AUGAGCGACGCAUGUGAAUCCUCCCCGCCGCUACCAGUAUCACAAGAGGCUGUUUGCACCGUCAAAUCCGAAGCCCCAGGUACUGUCUCCCGUCCCGAGGGUUUCUUUUGAGUCGGUCAGACGCAUCGCGUUUGCUCCCUUUAAACGCACCCUAUGCAUAUCUCUUAUAUUUCAGACCCUACCAUCACUUGUAAGACGGAGGAGCCCUGGGCCACCAAAGAAACAGUCGAAGACAAGAACACUACUUUGUCGACUUCUGGUGACCGGACGAAAACUUCCUCUGGUAAUUACUCUUUGAUGCCAAUACGACCAGGGCAGUUGUGGCCUCGCAGGCGGUGUGCAUGUAACUGCCUCAUCACUCCUGCCUUCCACACCUCACCGACACGGAUUUUUUUGGUUGAGAGCACAACCAUCACAUCGUAUUCCACCAGGUUAAUAGCAUAGACAGGGCACUCCAUGUGGGGAAGUUUCCCUUGAGCACUCGUAAUACGCUGCCUCUCCAGCAGUGGGUCGUCGGCAUGCCUAUCUGACUGAUCUACCGCAUAGGGGCCGUUCUCUCGAUAAGUUUUGGUGGACUAUUCUACCACUCCACAUACUGGCAAUCCUCCAGGCGUUUGGACACGCAUAGUUUCGGUUGUUGCUAUGUUGGCUCAUCCAACACACGACUGAGUUGUGUGCAGUAAGUGCGGGAAGAGCGAGCCGCUGCCCUCCUCAAACAGACCUCAGCGAAGGCCAUCUGCGAAUUAAGCAGGCCCUGGGUGUCUGGCGAAUUAGCAGUCGUGAAGCAUGCAGCAGUAUCAUCUCCAAGCGUGAUUGGCCACCGAUCUGUCAAAUGGGAUGCCUGCCAGGAUGGCUCGGUUGUCGCCAGCGACGACGCUCACCGAGUGCCGAGCGGAUUGAAUGCGACACCGGUGGUUUGUGCGUGAGCUAAUUUCUAGUGAGACAGGCUUUUGCAGCAUCUUCCGCACCCUAGUCUCCCUUCACUCACCAACCACUUUCAGAUGGCAAGGCAAAGUAAGGACGGACGGAGGUAGGUUUGCGUGCUGUGACUGACAGCGCUAAGCAGCCUGCCUGCGCGUGCCACACACGACCUAGCCUACACCAGGUUAAACAGAGGACAUGUUUCCCACGUACGUGAAUGUGCAUGUUCUGACAUGCGACGUUUCGCCCGCUAGAGCGCGCUGGUAAGGUGAAUCACUUGCUUGCCGCGGGAGUGAUGUAUGGUGUGUGUAUACGCGCAGAGGUGUCGUGUACGCGCGUAUUGUGGGGCAGGUUCGUGUGAAACCUGGAGUGUGUGCAGGUAGGGCCAGGUAGAGUGAUGGGGGUGUUGGCUGGAGUGCUUUAGUAAAGACUUUCGGGGAUGCACAUACGGCCAAAUAGGCCCCUGCGAUGAUCGAACGUCCCGGAACAGUGUAGGCACGUGAGAGGGGCGUAUGUUGGGGCUCUUGGCUUUGGUUCACGGAGCGCAGGUUGGGAGUGAGUCCAUAUUGAUAGUAGUGGUGGUAGUGGUAAGAAUGGGGUAGUAGGCAAAUGAAUUUACUUCCGCUGUGUUACAGCUGAUUGAGACGGUUUGUGCUGAAGCUGAUGAGCUGGCUGAACUGACUUGACGAUGGAUUCGAAAAUGUCCGGCUAGACCGAUGCGCGCCCUGACCGUCAGUUGGCAAGGCGAUCAUGUUGGUAGGUGUUGUGUGUUUGAAACAUCGUUUCGUGAUGUUCUGAAUUUGCGUUCUCUCUGUCUUUCUGGCGUCGCCGCUCGCGGAUCCAGUUCUUACGAUAGUUCACCACGCCUGCCGAUUCCCGACGAGGUCUUUCCAGGUCAAAAGGCUGAUCCCGGGGAGAUCGUUAGGGUGUCCUUGUAACGACGUUUUUCUCGUAGCACCCGUAACAGCGUCACGCUAGAAUGGCCGUUCGGGUAGACGCUCGUUGUUCGUCUUCAAGACGUGGUCGCUGCAACGCAGUUGUACCUGUCCUACCGAGGCGUGAAUACUGGGACUUUCGAGGAUUUUCAUGUCGCGGAUUCUGCCCUGCCAUCUCAGUUUUUGUAUUAAGAGGAAACAGCUUAGGUGAACGUUGUUCAGUUUUUCUUGCCUUGUUUUCGCAGGUUGCCCAUGUCUCCGCCUCGGUUCGGGUGAAGGUCGCGGUGAUCCCAAGCUGAGUGCUGCCGACGGUCGAGGCCUCACUGGCCCUGAAUAUCCGAUUUGCGAUUUCAUCGCCAACCCCGAUGUUUCUUGAGAAUGCACCUCUUGGGUUGGCAAACUUGUCCAUAGGUGUGAGCCAGGUUUCAUUCGCGCUGAUCCAGGACGUGGUGCACCCACCAAAUGAUACUGGUUAAUGCAUCACCACUGUUUGCUCCGUGUUGAUAAUCAGUUCGAAGUUUGCGCAGUCGGAGGUAGAAAAGUCCGUGUUUUACUGCAUGACCGCCUCUGUCGUGGUGUUGACCACGAAGCCAUUUCGCGACAAGAUCACGAACGCUAGUCGUGGCGGCUCGCGUGGAUGUGUUGAAUGCUAAACAAAUGUACGUCACUUCGAUAGGCGGUGUUUAUUCGUGGACGCCCCUCAUGGUAGCGUCCAUCAUGGCAUGGCGGAGAACAUGAGACUAAUGGUGGGACCAAGUACCCAACCCUGUUUCAACCCAUUUGUCGGUGCAAAUGACUCCGAGAAAGCCCAUAUUAUCCUUGACACGAGUCAUCACUCCGCCGUGGUUGUGCCGUCUAUGUAAAACGCCCUUGGUGGCAGAAUUUCAGAUUUAUUUCCCAGAGUCCAUCGCGGUUCACUGUAUCGGGUGUCGUUAUCAAAUCUACAAAGGUGAUGUAGAGUCACAUCCCCAUUUCUCAACAUUCCUCUUGGAGUUGGCGGGCAGCGAAAAUCUUGUGGACCACCCUGCGGUCCCUUCGAAAUCCACAUUGGCUUUCAGGGGGAAGUCCUUUCACUAGAUGAGGGUCCAGACAAUUGAGUAGGACACGGGCGAAGACUCCCCUAUUAUGUUAGGAGGAGAGUGAACCAACGCCUGGCGCAAAGCACUAAUGGUUUCGUGCAGCAAGUGCAGAUGCUCUGGGUCAGGGUUUAGUCUCCAUUUUAAGGAGUCCGUCGAGGAUUGUGGAUGGUCGAUUAAGGACGCCUCUUAAGUGCCCAACCCACAUCCUCAAUUUUUCCGUCAGGUGGAUUGUCCCAUGGGGACAGAACAGUGGCUCAGUCCCCUUGAUUUGGGGUUCGUAGGUCGUUUUGAUUGACUCGAAAGAGUUCAUUUCAUUUCUGUCCGCAUACACCCUUACAUCAUCCUCAGACGCUGCCCCACGAGCUCCCUGGUAGGACAUACUGAGAUCCGUUGGCGCUGACAGGAGCGAUUUCCUGGCUGACAACAAUCAGGUACAUCAUGCAAAUAAGGGAUCUUUAAAGUCUAGAGACAUUCGGACCCCGAUACCCUUAUGCCUCACCCAUGGGACUUUUGGUUGCAAAAUGUCCGUUUGGUCAGAGUUCCCAAAAAGAUUUACUUUCCGACAUGGGUACUCACUAUCAGGGCGGAGCAUAACAGGGUGUGUAUGAAUGCAGCCAGUAGACGCCUGUUUCCCUGCCAGAGUAGACAGAAUUUAGUCUUGAUGUCACUCCUCCGAGGUCACCCGUCAUCCACCAACCGAAAUUUAAAAUUAAAUAAGGGGCCGAUUUUGUGCUCGGAUAACGCCAAAGAUCCUAUAAAUUUGCAGGCGCACAGAAAUGUUUGCGCAGACCUAAAGGUCUCGGUUUGCGCCACAAGUUUGCAAAUCAACUUUGUCCGCCGUUUCCUUGUAAUCGCAUUCAUGAUCUUGUUUUAGACUCGUCAACGUUUGAGUGCAACAUAUGUCAUGCGAUAUUAAGCGCGAAACACAAUCUCAGGCGGCACAUUUCCGAAGUUCAUGAACGUACGUCCCUGGGGCUCCUCUCGUUAGUAUGA